AUGACUCUGAGAGCUCUCGCCGAUUCCAAACCACAUUUAGCGCGAAGGUCGACACAACGUCCUUCAGUGCCACUGACAUCGACAGUAGAUGGCACCACCUCCGUGAUUCCAUAUACACCUCAGCUCUUCCUGCGUUUGGGAAGAAGGAUCGUCGAAAUGCGGCCUGGUACGAAGUUCACUGGGAUGAGAAGCAGCCAGCCUCUGAAGACAAGAGACCUCAAAGCUGCUCGCAGCAAGGCCCAACAGACUGCACGCCGCUGCGCCAAUGACUACUGGGUGAACCUGUGCAGUAGGAUCCAGACGGCUGCCGACAGUGGAAACGCAAGAGGCAUGUACACCAGCAUCAAAACCGCCACCGGCUCCACUCCCAUCAACACUGCUCCGCUGAGGUCCAAGGUAGGAGAAGUCAUUACAGACCAGGGCAAGCAGCUGGAGUACUGGGUGAAGUACUACUUGGAGCUGUAUACAACCCGGAACGUGGUGAGGGAUGCCGCUCUGGAUGCUUUACCCAGUCUCCCAGUCAUGAAGGAGUCGGAUUCCCCGCCAUCGGAGGUUCUGAAGAGUGGCAAGCCAGUUCUGCUGCGGCAUCUCCACGAGCUCCUGUGCCUGUGCUGGGAGAAGGACCACGUCCCCCGGGAUAUGCGAGAUGCCAACAUUGUCACCCUCUAUAAGAAUAAAGGUGACCGCAGCGACUGCAAUAACUACCGCGGCAUUUCCCGCCUCAGCUUCGUCGGGAAAGUCUUUGCUCACGUCGUCUUGCCACGCCUACAGAACCUCGUGUGUAUCCUGAGGUUUUAG